CGGUGCCGGCGGAGGGCGGUAGCGGCCUGCUCGGUGCCGGCUCCUCCCCGGCCUGUUCCGCAGCGAACGGGGCGGCAUGUGGAGGCCGGGGGCGGCCGCUGCUGUGCGUGCGGCACGGCGUGUGGCGGCGGCAGCGCGGCGGAGGAGCGGUGGCCCCGGGGAGGCCUCGAGGGCGGGGGCAGCAGCCGCGGUCCGCAGCCGGGCGCAAUUGCAGUAUGCUGCGGAGGUGAGGAGCAGUGCUGUGCACUUCAUGAAUUUAAGAAGUACAGGAACUCUGAAUGACAAAAGCUCCUUAGAUGAGACCACCUACGAAAAGCUGGCUGAAGAAACACUGGACUCCUUGGCAGAUUUCUUUGAGGACCUCACGGACAAGCCUUUUACCCCAGAAGACUACGAUGUCUCUUUAGGGAGUGGAGUUUUAACAGUUAAAUUGGGUGGAGACAUGGGAACGUAUGUAAUCAAUAAGCAAACACCAAACCGUCAGAUUUGGCUGUCCUCACCCACCAGAAGCCAGAAAUCGCAGAUUUGUUACCUAUCCGGAGCCAGAUCUCAGCUAAGAUAUCCAAGUGCCAGAAUGUGGAAUUUUGGGCCCAAGCGCUAUGACUGGACUGGACGGAAUUGGGUAUAUUCUCAUGAUAGAGUAUCCCUUCAUGAACUACUAUCAAAAGAAUUUUCGGCAGCAUUAAAAACAAAAUUGGAUUUAUCCUGCUUAAUAUAUUCUGGAAAAGAAGAUACUUGAUGAUGUGCUACCUCAUGGAAGUUUAAAGACUUGAACCACCAGCACUUCCUUGGUUUCUGAGUACCUGAGCUUACUUUUGUUGUUGUUUUCUUGACAUGACUAUGUCCAACAAUAUGAAAAUAAUAUAUAUUUUUCCCUAGUGCUUAGUCUUUUGAGUUUCUCUGAUGCAGCUUAAAUGUGUAUCUGUGCAGUACAGGUAGAUGAGAUGUCCAUUCAUUCCCGUCACUGCAUUUUCUACUUUCUUACCACUGAAAUCAUCUGUGGUCCUGUUUGGAUGUAAGGACUGGCACUGGGUGACCUCCAACCAGUACACAAAAGCCAAAUUAUUUUUGUGAAAUAUUAACCCUAAACAAGAAAUAUGUGUGAAUCAUAAUGAUGUAAGUUAUGGUACUGUGAUGCGCUGUAUUACAAUUUGCAGCUAUUGGUGUAGGGAACCUGCUUUGGCAGGGGGGUUGGACUCGAUGAUCUCUAGAGGUCCCUUCCAAACCCUACAAUUCUGUGAUUCUGUGAUUCUAUUGAUAAGGUUUUAGUGCAGGGCAUCAAAUUGAACGUGUUGUGAAGAAAAUGACUGUGGCAGAGGAGAAGUUUUAGUUUUGCAAGAUGGAUGUAAUUUUUCUCUCAGUGUUGCAGAACUUGCUCACUUCUCCGAGUUGUGGAUUCUUUGACAUGGGGAUAUUUUUCAGAGCUAAACUGCCUACAGGUCUGUGUGUUUGUAAGCAUCGUGUGACUCAAAAAGGCUGCUGUGCAGUGUCUCUCUGCCAAUACUUUGUUCUCUUCCUGUGAUGUUUUUCUUCCUGUUUCUACUCUUUGUUGAGCAAAAAUAUGUAAUUUAUUGCCUGUGUUUUAGUUGGUAAAUGGAGAUUAUGUCAUGCUAGCAAAAAUUUGCACUGCUGCCUUUCUUAAGUGGGCUUGAAUUUUCACCAUGAUGCAGCAUAGAAGCAUUUUAAAGCUUUUACAUUUUGAACUUGGAGAACACUUCAACACUUGCAGUGUUGCAUUAUUGCCACUGACUAUUUUUAAUUGCCUUUAAAAGGGAAGCAGAGAUGUUGACAGAUUACUGAGAUAACGUGAAAUAUUUUUUUAUUGUAUUAUAAGCAUAUGGCGUAAGAUGUUUCAAUGCAAGUUAAUUUUCUUCUUGCUCAUUCUGACACUUGACUAGCUUAUCUUGAUGCUUUUGGCUCGCUAGAAUUAUACAGGUGUGAUUAAUUCUAGAUAGCAUCAUUGCCCUGUAGUUGCAUUUGAAGUGUAUGUUGUUACCAACUAUUUCUCACCAUGAAUUAAAUAGAGGGUGCCAUUUCCUUGGAACACGAUCAUGAUCGAUUGUACAGACUGAUGAUGUGAUUUGUGCAAGCUGUUACACGUGGUUUCUAAAUCAAAAUAAGAGAAGGCCAGUAUUAUCUGAAAUAGAAGCUACUGAAUGACUUGCAACUGGUGCAUAAGAUUUUUUUCUUCAGAUGAAAGCUAAAACAGGACAUCUUUUUGUUAUUUGAAUUUAAAACUUUAAAACAAACAAAAAAAAGCAUAGAGAGUGAUGGUAUUCUGAUCAGUCUCCUAAGUAAUUGAAAAAGCUAUUUGGACAAAUGUAGAUAGAAGCUCAUCACCUAAUACGAGAAUCAGGGACGUUUCUCCCUGGUUCUUCCUUUGCCUGAUCACACAUAACUUGUCUAAUUGUUUUUUUAGUUGCCUUUUCAAAAAAGUACUUUCCUAAGUAAUUUGCAUGCAACUUACCCAUCAACGUGUAUCUGAUUCAUAUUUUGAAGUUCAUUCUCCAUGCCCUUUCAUCAUCAUAGAACCGUAGAAUCCCUAGAGGUGGAAGGGACCUUUAAAGGCCAUCUAGUCCAACUCCCUCGCAGUGAACAGGGACACACACAGCUCCAUCAUGUUGCCCAGAGUUUGAUCCAGCCCCAUUUUGAUAGUCUCCAGGGACUGAGCAAGCUGUUCCAGUCCCUUGCUGCCCUCACUGUAAAAGACUUUAUAUCCAACCUGUUUCUAUCUGCUUGAAGCCAUUUUCCCCUUGUUCUGUCACAACAGACACCACUAAAGAGUCUGUCCCCUUCUUUCCUGUAGCUCCCUUUGAGAUACUGAAAGGCCACUCUCAGGUCACCUUGGAGCUCCCUCUUCUUAUACAGUUGUUCGCACCAAAAUAAAGCUGUGUGUUGAAUUCA